CCUUAUUUCAUAAUUAAAUCCAUUCUUCCAACGCUUUCAUGAUUUAUAUAUAACCUAAUCUAUUCCAUUUACAAUAGCUACUGGAACUGAUACAGUUCAUUGAAAAAUGGGUUCUAAGGUCUCUAUACAGGUGCAGAAGCGAAAGGCAGUCUCAUCGGAGAAGAAGACUCUCUGCAAUCUUCAGGAAAGCUCCGGCGAAUCAUUUCCUGGAUGCGACUACCGUCCACCAGACAGGAAAACUUGGAUGGCGGGUCUCAACCCCGAGAAGCUUCGGAUAAACCAGAUCGUGUGGCCCGGAACACACGACUCUGCCACCAACAAGAUCGGAAUACCCUGUAUCUCCCGCCCUUUCGCUCAAUGCCAAUCCCUUUCGAUCUACCGCCAGCUAAUCAGAGGCACCCGAGUUCUGGACAUCCGGGUUCAGGAGGAUCGCCGGGUUUGCCAUGGAUGUCUGGUGACGUACAGCGUUGACGUCGUAAUCAAGGAUAUAAAGAAGUUCUUGUCGGAAACAGAGUCGGAGAUAAUAAUUCUGGAGAUCCGAACAGAGUUCGGCCACCAGGACCCGCCGGAUUUUGAGAAAUACUUAGAGGAGCAGCUCGGGGAAUUCUUGAUUCAUCAGGACGAUCACGUUUUUGAGAAAAGAAUCUCGGAAAUUUUGCCGAAGAGAAUCAUCUGCGUUUGGAAACCGAGAAAAUCUCCACAGCCGAAAGCAGGGGGGUCGUUGUGGAAUUCAGGGCAUUUGAAGGAUAAUUGGAUAGACACGGAUUUACCGUCGACCAAGUUCGAGAACAAUCUGAAGCAUCUAGGGGAGCAACAGCCGGUGACGUCCAGGAAAUUGUUUUACAGAGUGGAGAACACGGUUACGCCGCAGGCAGAUAAUCCGGUGCUCUGUGUUAAGCCGGUGACGGGGAGGAUUCAUGGCUAUGCGAAGCUGUUCAUAACUCAGUGCGUCGCAAGGGGAAUCGCCGACCGGCUACAGAUCUUCUCGACGGAUUUUAUUGAUGAAGAAUUUGUUGAUGCAUGUGUCGGAUUUACACAUGCAAGGAUUGAGGGAAAGGCUUAAUGAAUUUUCUUACUUUUUCUCUUUUUUGAUUUUUGUAAUGAUUUUUUUUUUUUUUGGUUAAAAAAUUUGUGAUUUGUUGUAAAUGGGGGAAGAGUCUGUAAAAUAGUUUUAUAUUUUUUUUAAAUUUAUUUUUGCGAGGAUUUGUCAUAACC